AUGGUCGGCCGGCGAGAAGUCCCCCCACCUUGGACGUCAUCGGCGCAGCACCACCAGACGCGGAGGCAAGAGAGGGAGAAGAGAGAGAAACGCGCAUUUAGAUUUUUAGCAUCUGAGCAUAUAAGAUCAUCUGGAUUUAUGGCCUUCAGCAAUGCAACUGUUCCUGCCUCAACACAGGCAACUUUCCCUCACAUUUUUGCUGUCAGCAAGUACUUGCAGCCUGGAAGCUGUGACCUCGUGGGCACCAUUUACCAUGAGAUUGAUCAGCAUCCAUGCCAGAGCACCUUCUACAAUGAUACCAUCGAAGUUGUCGAGUCUGGUGGCUUCCUCAGCAUUGAGUCAGUUUUUCUGGUUACGCUUGGAAUUGCACUUCUUGGGCUCCUUGGCCUUUGGAUUCAUGGUCAAAUACAGAACCUUUCUAAGAAAACAAAGAGGGCUCCAAAGGUGGAAGUUGGAACUAGGGAUGCCUCAAUGGAUGAAUGGCUUCAGGGAACUGCAUACACUCAGUCAUUAUCCAGCAAAUCAAAGAAAAAGAAGUAGAUAUGUUGGUGGCCUACUUAGCUGCACCAAAGGCACUGCACAGACUUGUAACUCCCGCUUAGGCAAUUGGAGGUUCUAAGAGAGCUCAUAAGUUGAUCAAGUUACUGAAAUUUAGUCCAGGGAAUGUUUGGCUGUUGUAGCAUGUGAAUGAAAAUUUUCUUACAUUUUAAUUUUUUUUAAACUACAAUUUUGGAAGUUGAGCCUUGUUGAGGAUGACUAACUCCCAUUUGAGGUAGGAAGGAGGAUAUGAUUUUCUUGAACCCAGAUUAAUUUUUUAUUUCA